GAUAGAAGCUGUUCAUCUCCUCCCUCCAGCCGAGUUCUGAUUAUUUCCUCCUCCUUUUCAAAUUCUCCACCACCACCUUCUAGUUGUAUCACUACCUCUAAUCGGCGGCACCUCCGCUAUUGUGGAUUUUGAAUUUGGGGACUUCCAACCACCACUCCUUCUCUUCCGCUGCUAUUCUCGGUAUCCAAAAUUCUAAAAAAAAUAUUACAUGGAAUCUCAAUCUCAUGUGAAAGCCUCAUUUCGUCUUGGGUCUGAAACCUACACAAUCAGUGGAAGCACAGGCAUUCUCUCAGAACAGUUGGUUUCAAUGAAGGCAGAAAGCAUGAACAUAUUAAAAGACUAUAUCACCAAAACUAAUGCUCCUGCAGAUGUUCCCGAUGAACCACUUGAAGAAGGCUCCUCAGGAGAUGAAGAUGAGAUUUCAAACAAGCCGAAACCAAAGAAGCGAAAAUGAAAUCACUUGUUGAAAAAUGUAGAAACUGAAUCAUUUACUUGAAACUUGUUACAUAGAUUUUGAAUCUUUGAUUUUUGAUGUUGUGGAAUUAACGGAACAGCGCGCUAGGACUCUUGCACCCUACUGAUGUAUAGUCUACAAGGUCGACUGUGGCAUGGUAAGCAGGCUCGUGGUAUAGCUCAUAAAUCCAUCACAUAUUGAUAUGCAGUUAGUUUUGCCUCAA